GCGGCCCGCCCGGGGCAGGGCUGGAAGCCGGAAGCGGCCGCGUGGGAGCUAACUCGGGACUCAGCCGAGGGGAAGCCAGGGGCGCGCCCUCGCCGCGCCCCCAGCCCGGGCGCGAGCCCUCCGCGAAGGCCGGGGCCAUGGGAGCUCCGCGCCGCCGGCCGCGCGCGUCCCAGGGGUCCCCGCCGGUGCCGUCACCACUGCUUCUCCUCCUGCUCCUGUGCGCCCCGGGACUGGGUCGCGCCUCCCCGAGGCUGUUGGACCACCCGGCGCCCGUGUGCACCCAGCAGGGGCUGAACUGCACAGUCAAGAACAGUACCUGCCUGGACGACACCUGGAUCCACCCUCGAAACCUGACCCCCUCGUCCCCCAAAGACGUGCAGACCCAGCUGAGCUUUGCCCGCACGCAGCAAGGACACCUGCUCCCCGUGGUUCACAUCGAGUGGACGCUUCAGACAGAUGCCAGCAUCCUCUACCUGGAGGGAGCGGAGCUGUCCGUCUUGCAGCUGAACACCAACGAACGUCUGUGUGUCAAGUUCGAGUUUCUGUCCACACUGAAGCAUCAUCACAAGCGGUGGCGAUUUGCCUUCAGCCACUUCGUGGUGGAACCCGGCCAGGAGUACGAGGUGACCGUCCACCACCUGCCUAAGCCCAUCCCUGGCGGGGACCCAAACCACCAGUCCAGAAACUUCCUGGCACCCGACUGCGAGGACCCCAGGAUGGAGACCACCAUGCCCUGCGUGAGCUCAGGCAGCCUGUGGGACCCCAGCAUCACUGUGGAGACGCUCGAGGCCCACCAGCUGCGGCUGAGCUUCACCCCGUGGAACGAGUCCACCAAAUACCAGAUCCUGCUGAACAGCUUUCUGCCCGCGGAGAACCGGAGCUGCUUCCAGCGCGUCGUGGAUGUGGCCGUGCCUGCACAGGAGGCCACCCAGCAGUGCUGCAACGUCACGCUCACCCUGCCAGACUUCAGCUGGUGCUGCCGUCACCACGUGCAGAUCCAGCCCUUCCUCAGCAGCUGCCUCAACGACUGCCUGCGACACUCGGUGGCCGUGCCCUGCCCAGAGGUCCCGCACACCCCAGACUACAUGCCCCUGUGGGUGUCCAGGUGCAUCCCCGGCCUCUCCAUCCUGCUGGUGGGUUCCGUCAUCGUGCUGAUCGUCUACCUGGCCUGGAGACUACUGGGGUCCCGUCACAGAAAAUAUGAAAAUGGCACCAAAUGCACAGACGUCCUGCCCGCUGCCACCAGCCUGAGCCCCCCGGCCCUGAAGCCCAGGAAGGUCUGGAUCGUUUACUCGGCCGAUCACCCCCUCUACGUGGACGUGGUCCUAAAGUUCGCCCAGUUCCUGCUCACCGUGUGCGGCACCGAAGUGGCCCUCGACCUGCUGGAGGAACAGGCCAUCUCGGAGGCGGGGGUCAUGACCUGGGUGGGCCGCCGGAAGCAGGAGGUGGUGGAGAGCAACUCCAAAAUCAUCGUCCUGUGCUCCCGAGGCACCCGGGCCAAGUGGCAGGCCAUCCUCGGCUGGGAGGACGCCGCCGUCCAGCUUCGCUGUGACCGUGGGAAGCCCGCGGGGGACCUGUUCACGGCGGCCAUGAACAUGAUCCUGCCGGACUUCGAGCGGCCGGCCUGCUUCGGCGCCUACAUCGUCUGCUACUUCAGCGACAUCAGCUGCGAGGCCGACGUCCCCGAGCUCUUCAACAUCACCUCCUGCUACGCGCUCAUGGACAAGUUCGAGGAGGUCUACUUCCGCAUCCAGGACCUGGAGAUGUUCGGGCCGGGCCGCAUGCACCGCGUCGGGGCGCUCACGGCCCAGAACUACCUGCAGAGCCCCGGCGGCCAGCAGCUCCGCGAGGCCGUGCAGCGCUUCCGCCGCUGGCAGGCCCGGCGCCCCGACUGGUUCAAGCUCGAGAACCUCUGCUCGGCAGACGACCAGGACCUCCCGUCCCUGGACGAGGAGGCCUUCGAGGAGCCGCCGCCGCCAGGAGGAGGGAUCGUCCGGCAGGAGCCGCUGGUGCUGGAACCCGCCUCCCAGGGCAGCCUGCUGGUGGAGCUGCUUCUCGCGGGGGAGGGAGGGGGCCUGUCGCGGCUGGAGCCCCAGCCUCGGCCCCAGGAGCAGCCGGCGGCCCAGACGCUCCAGACCACGGUGGUCCCGGCGGACGGGGCCCCUCCGGCGCAGGCGGUGGAGCCCGUCCCUCAGGCCGUCAGGAGCGGUGCCGCCAGCCGGCUGGCCCUGGUUGGGGGAGACGAGGCCUGCCCGCUCCUGGGCGGCUGGGGCACCGGGCGGAACAGCAUCCUCUUCCUCCCCAUGCACCCCGAGGACCCGCCCGUCCGCAGCAGCCCCGUGGGGCGGCCGGACGGCCCCACGCCGCCGCCCCUGCAGCAGAGCCCGCGCUGCCGGGACGUGCGCACGCCGCCCGCGGGGGAGCGGCGGCGGUCGGUGCAGUCCGACCAGGGCUACAUCUCCAGGAGCUCCCCGCAGCUCCCGGACGACGCCGACGGGGACCAGGGCGGGGGGCCGGGCGGGCAGCCGCUGUAUCCCGAGGGCCUGGAGAGCCUGUGGGGCCUACAGCUGCUGCUCUUCCUCCAGGAGCUUCGCAAGAGCCCUGGCCUGGAGCCCAAGGGGCCGCCGCGUGGGGCCUCCCCUGCCCAGGGCGGUGAGCACGUGUGUCCGUAGGUGUGCACGUGCGGACGUGUGUAUGCCCGUGUGUGAGACGUGUACCUGUAAAACGUAAACAUCUUGACUCUGUCCCCUUAACCUUUCUUCCCGUGACCGUCCCCACGAGAACCCGCAGCCCGUGCCCAGGAGCUAAUGGCAGUGUCCUUGGGUGUCUGCCAUUCGUUCCUUCAGCCUUUAUUUUGUGCCCCGCGUUGCCCUGACCAUCAAGGAGCUGCCCGUCCAGUGAGAGGGACGGGGUAGCACAUGGGGUGGGGCGCGAGAUUCAGAGGCUGCCAGGAGCUCACCCGGGGCCGUGAAGUCCGCAGAAGGGGCGCCUGGCCCAGGGAGAAGCUUCUGGAGGAGGGCGUGUCUGAGCCGAAGGAGCAGCUCGUUUCUGGCCCGAGGGCUGCGGGCCAGCCUGCCGCGGAAGGCGAGGCAGUGGGCGCAGCCUGGGGAGGCCUCGGGGCCAGGCUGGGCGCGGCUGGGGCUCCUUCACCAGGAUGGGCUGCUGCCGUCAGGAGGCUGAGGGCCUAACACACCCAGUCAUUUUCGGAAAGAGACCAGAUAGAAGUGAGGGUCGUGGCCCCUGACGGCAUCAGCAGGGCCUGAGCCCACGCGUGGCCUCGGUCAGCGGGAGACCUACGGCCGAGGAUUCUCGGGGCUGCGCGCUGGGCCCCUGGGCUGCAGCCCCCGAGCUCAGGAAGCACGGGGAGCCCCCAGCCCUGUGCCCGCUGGGGCCCCCCCCGCCGGGGUUGAGCGUUCUCUCUGCCUGUACCUGAGUCCUGAACUGGAGCUCCAGGCUCCUGCACGGAGGAGAGGAUCCUGAGGUUCGGUGGGAAAUCAGAUACCAGGGUGUGCGCACGCACGUGUGUGAAAGAGCUUAUCAGCGAAAGAAUGAAUAAAUUCGUUAGCUCAGGUUAGACUUCCUGGCGGUCGCGUCACACGUUGCUAUGGGUCAAGAAGUCCCUAGUGGCAGAGGCCUUUCUCGUGGUGAGAUUGUGCCUGGUGGCAGCAGGCCUUCGAGGCCCAGGCCCCAGACGGUGCGUAGCUCACAGGCAGCCCGCUGGUAGCAAAGGACCAGGUGCGGGAGUGCUGUAGACACUGGCGUCCGUGUCGCCCCAGAUCCUUAGGUCGACACCUAAUCCCCGGUGUGAUGGGGCUGGGGAGGAGCUCUGGGAGGAGGUGAGGGCGUGGGUGGGGCCUCACGGACGGGACGAGUGCCCUUACAGGAGACCCCACAGGGCCCCCUCGCCCUUCUGCCGUGCGAGGACGCAGCGAGGUGGCCGUCUGCGAAGCAGGAAUCUGCCGGCACCCUGGCCUUGGCCUUGCAGUCUGCAGCGCCGUGAGGGGUGUUUCUGUCGUCGAUAAGCUGGCCGGUCUGUGGUGUUCCGUUACAGCAGCCCGAGCCGCCUAAGACGGGGACGGAGGAGCCGAGCCUUCGCCUCCACCAGCCUCUGAGGCGCCAUCCCUCUGAUGAUGCAGCUUUACCGAGAUAGGAGUCACAGCUCAUACGGCUCACCGUGGACCCUGUACGGUUCAAGGCUUCAGGGGCUCAGAGUUCAGCAACCCUCAGCGUAAUCAGUUUGGGAACAUUUUUCUUACGCCCCCCACAAGAAACCCGGCCCCUAAUCAUCGCCCCAACCCCCAACCUGCCGUCACCAGGCAAGCGCUGACCCCCUUCCGUGGCGCGCCUGUGCGGACGUGGCGGGUGUAAACGGACUUGUGAAGUUCCCCCGUGCUCAGCCUUGUUCUGCGCACUCUCCCUCCCCCUCCCCCAGAGCCCCCAGUCUCUCACUGGUCUCAGCUGGCCGCAAGUGCUGGGGAGGCCGUCAGCCUGAACGUGGCGUCGGCCGUUUGCCAAACACCGAGAGGAUCAAGUGUGAAUAAGGCCAGGCCUCUCUUCUCGUGCUGUUCUGAACCUCGGCUAAUAAGAUCCUGCCUCACCCAGAGAGGUCCUCCAAGAGCCCAUGUCCUGCGGUCUCUGACCGCCACCCCUGGACUCCCCUCCUGGACAGGGUGACAGAAGGGACGGGAGGACCCCCGGCCACGUGACCCUCGUGGAUGGCCACGGCUUUUCCUGUAGGAAGACGAGGAAUGAUUACGUGGGGCUAUGGACCUUGCCGGAUUCGUGGGUUCUGAAUCAGCUUCUCUCUUCUGCUCAGGAAGUUCCCCAGGUUUCGGAGGGGGUUUUGUUCAUCACUUAAAUAUCCACUCAGCAAGUUGAGCUGGGCCUCUGAACGCGGGGUGUGAUGGAUUUUUACUGGUUUCCUGCUUUUACCUUUGAAUCAGAAAGAAGGGAGAGUAUGAUGCUUACGGGGAGAGCGACGGCAGUUUCCAUCCUACAGCCUUUGCACUCCGCGGGGGGCAGUCUCCCCUCCCAGGUAAACAGCCGAGGGGCCUUCCUGCGAAGACCUGCCCGGGGAGGGCCCAAGUGUACUGAGCAGCCUUGCCUGUCAGACGAACAGGGAAGGAUGGGAGCAGUCUGGUCCAAAGCCCCCCAUACCCAGGCACCCUUUCCUGGGGGGAGUCACCUUCAGUUGUUCACGCCUAAGUAUGACUCAGUGUCCUGGCUCCUUCCCUUCCUGAGAAGAGAGUCCGCCUGCAGCCCGACAGGGGGCCUGCGGGACUCACAGGAUGUGGAGCCAGCCCCUACUUUUUAGCCAGAGCCAGACAACGAAAGGGAGGCCACAUCUGAAGGCUGCCCGCGGCCGACGGACGUGGUUCAGACCCGGAUUCCCUUCCUGACCGCAGUGCAGCCUCCAGCAAGUGGCUCCAUCCUUCUGGGCUCGGGGAUGGAGGGGAAGCUCCCCGGAGGAGCUGCGAGGACCCGGAGGGGCCGGCCAGCGGAGCACAGGCCCCCGAGUCCCCCGACCCCAGGCCGGCUGCAGGGCCAGACUCACCCGACACGACCUCCCCUCUUGAGCAGGCGAGGGGCAGCUCAGCCAGGAGAAACGAAGUCCAGGGGGUCACCUUACCGUGCAUCGCAUUUAGGGAGACAUGAAGGCACGGUCUUUGCUGUUCUGCAACUACUGUAUGUAAACACUUGGACUCGGAACCGUCCUUAGAGAAGGUCUGGCCCAAGCCCUUUCCAAAAAGCUACGGAGUCCGAGGCUCAGGGGAGGACGGCCUGACCUGCGCAACGUUAGAGGCGGGCAGCCCGGGACCCGAGCCCAGCUUCUCCUCCGUGACCUGCACGGGGGCGCGGGCCCGGGGGCGGCGUGCCUCCCGCCUGCUAGACACACCACAGCAUCUCUGCUUGGACCCUACACUACAGGUGUUCCUAGAAAAGAAGAAAAAUGAAACUUUCGGGGCAUUUCUUUUUGUGAAUGGGGCAAGGGAAGUAAGUAAAAGGACGCAAGAAAAACACACCAGAAGGAAGGGGCUGACCCCCUGAGCAUAAGUGCUGUGGCACCAGGUGUCAGGAAGAGGACAUCUGUCCCGGGGUGAGUGGGGCCUGCGGCCGGGCCGCAGCAGGCCUGGCCUCUGCCAGACCAGCCGGGUGCCGGCAAGCGCAGCUCAUCGGAACCCACCACAGCCUCCCACCAGAACACCCGACACCCUGGAGGUGCCGCAGCGGCGGUGGUCACUCAGCAGGGAGACGGCCAUCCAAACGGGAGAAGGGGGUGGGGCGGGGGGCCGGCCUGGGGCCACGGCUCGGACACAGAGUCCUUCUCAGUCACUGAGAUUAAAUGUAGCAGAGAAACAGCAAAGCUGGAGAGAGGGUGUGGGAACAGAGAGAGCAGCUCCUGGGCCCCCCAGGGUCUGGGCCCCCAGAAC